CCGCUGCUCCAAUGCUUCAAGUUCUUGCUUAUUUUUCUACAUAGGCAACUAGAAAACUAAAAAUUAUAUCUACUGGUCAAGUUCCGACAGUCUAAAGCUCAACAACUGUAUCUGGAGAAAAAAGACAUAUAUAUAGGGCUUUAUUGCAUCUGACAAGCGGGUCAGGUCGGCAUCUUUCGGUGUAUAUCAAUCUGACGCUUGGACUCUCGGGCUGUGUACUUGUGCGACGUUCCCGUGACGCACACUUUUUUCCCUCCAACUUCAAAGUCCGCCACCUCCACCAAUCUAGGGCCGAGGCUAAACUUUACAGGGUAUCUCCAGCUCAAGCUCCAGUCGUGAUUUUUGUUUGUUCUCUUGCUGCGUAGCAGAUAGGUUAUCAUGGCCAUUAAAAUUCCCAUUAUCAAAAAGCGGACCAAAUGCUUCAAGCGCCAUCAAUCCGACCGUUAUCACAGCGUCAAAGACGCUUGGCGCAAGCCUAAAGGGAUUGACAACCGCGUGAGACGGCGAUUCAAGGGUCAGCUUCCUAUGCCUAGUAUUGGAUAUGGGAGCAACAAGAGAACUCGUCAUCUCCUCCCCAAUGGCUAUAAAAGAUUUCUCAUAUGCAACUGGAAAGAAAUCGACAUUCUUAUGAUGCACAACAAAAGGUUUGCAGCAGAAAUAGCUCAUAAUGUUAGCAGUCGGAAUCGCGUGUUGAUACUUGAGAGAGCCAAAGUCCUUGGUGUCAAGGUCGUCAAUGUCACUGCACGCUUACAAGUAGAAGAAAUAUGAGUUAUCCUAAGUUACAUAGCACCAUGUGUGUUAACUACAGGAUCUGCUUACACCUAUAUAUAUGUUCUCUGAGCUUUAACCCAUGGUGGGCUUGUGUAUUCAUACUAUCAAUGGGCAGCUACUGUUGUUGGACAGGUAUUACGAUCCGUACCAGUUGUGUUUUUCGACUUCCACAGAUUCGGAAAUUGUUGUACAUGUAGCUAGAAAAUUGUCGGAGGUAGAAUAGACUUUAACUUUGAGCUCGUACUGGAACUCACUUUUCAGA